AUGUUUAACCAACAUUCAAAUCUUGCUUUAUUUGAUAUCAAAAUUAAAUCCCAUUAUAAAAAUUUACUUCUAGUCAAAGGAAAUGAAAAUGACAUUGAAAACAUAUCUUUAGAAGGGAGCGUCAAAAUAGCGUUCAAAGAAGAUAUACACGUGAAAAGAAUCAGUUUGAGUUUAGUAGGUGAAUUUUACUAUGAGUUGAUCGAUAAGGAAACCCAUGAACAAUACUUGGACCGCUUAUGCGUAUUGAAAGUCGACUGGGACAAUCUCUUGACUAGCGAUGAGGGAGAAAUAACAUUUGGCAAUUAUGGCGAUACCACUAUCCCAAUGUAUAGGAUGAAAAAAAAUAGUCACCUUGAGAAAGGUGGUGAUGUGUCUGAACUGCUUUCCAAACAGACUACUUCUCGUCCACAAUAUUUGAAAACUAAAUCGACACCAUCCAUGUCUACACUUUCAGGAGUAAACGGCAGCGGCAUUUCCUCAAGAGAGAAAUCAAAAAUUAUACAAAUUCCCAAGUCUGGAAUCGAUGGUACCCCAUUUAAAGACUUGAAAGAAUCUGUGAAUCAUUCUUUUCUCCUACCAAAGGGGAACUAUAGCUUACCUUUCAAGAUAUACCUCCCGGCAAAUAUUUCGGAAACAGUCGAAGGCCUCCCUAUUGGCUUUCUAUUGUACAGAUUUCAAUCUUCUAUAGAGAGAGGCCGCUUUGAAAGAACAUAUCAAAUGAGCAAGCAUGUUAGAAUUGUUCGUACUUUGCAUCCACAAAAUAUGAACUUAUGUGACAUGGUUGAUGUUAGCAAUACUUGGGUUGGGAAAUUACAGUACUGCGUUAGCAUGCCCAGAAAAGCUGUAGCUAUUGGCUCAACCAUUCCCAUCAAUUUAACAAUUGUCCCUAUAGCCAAAGGGUUGGGCUUGAGGGCAAUAAAUGCAUGUAUAGUGGAACAUUACCACAUCCAAGUAGGGAGUCAAAGAUUCCCUGAAUUCGAAAGAUUAUGUGGCGCACAACAGUUGGGUAUACCAAAUAGUGCUAAUCUACCAUACGAUAAAUGGUGCUUCAAGACUUAUUUCAAAGUUCCUGAUCAUUUAAAACAGCUCUCACAAAGUUGUGAAACUAAAAAUAGUAUGAUUGUGGUUAAGCAUAGAUUGAGAUUAGCGAUACAGCUCAAAAACAAAGAAGGUCACACCAGUGAACUUAGAGUUAACUUGCCGAUAUUUGUUUAUCUAAGUGCAAAUGUUGGCCAUGUUGUGGGAAGACAUUAUGAUGUUGAUAAUCACCACGGAACUUUUCAAUUGGAUUAUCUGAAAGAGGACACAUUGUUUUCAAAAAAGAAUUCUGUCUCGAACACUCCUGCAUUAUCGGAAGAUGAAGAUGGUGAAGUUGACUUGAGAAAUGAAGGAGGAAGAGUGGGAGGAAGAGUGGGAGGAAGAGGAGGAGGAAGAGGAGGAGGAAGAGGGGGAGGAAGAGGGGGAGAAGAAGAAGAAGGCGAAGAAGGCGAAGAAGAAGAAGAAGGAGAAGAAGAAGAAGGCGAAGAAGGAAAAAAAGAUGAUGAUUUGGAUAGAGAAGAUAGUGCACCGCCAAUGUAUCAACAGCAUGUAUUUGACAAAAUGUUUGAUAUGAACUUACCACAAACACCAUUAGAGCAGCUAAGAUCGCAAAGUGGAACACCAGUGGGGUCUCAAGUUAAUUCAUUGGCCAACCUCGACGAUUACUUUAACGUAGCUUGGAAUCAAAAUAUUGCGCUGAAUUACAAGAAAAAGAAAGGAGCAUCAACACCAAAAAUGGUGGAUUAUCUACACAUUCCAACAUAUGAUGAAGCAUUAGAUGAUAAUGAUGAUGAUGAUGAAAAGUAUUUCAUCGAUGGGUUUGCCCCAACAUAUUCAGAUGGAGAGGGUAGUGGUAGCCAAACUCCGAGUCUAAAAUCCGGGAGUACCACACCUAUAAGAGUUAAUACCACAACUCAAAGAACAAAUAGCCCAUUUGGUUAUUUUAAAUUUCACACAAAGAGUCAGUCUGUGCCGCAUUCGAGAUCCGGCUCAAUGUUGAAAUUGGAUAAACUAGGCACGGUUGUUGUUGGUAAUGAAAAUUCGCAAAAGCCGCUUAGCAAUAAAAUGUUCAAAGAAAAAAUAAAGAUGAAAAAUAAGUAA